UGGGACAGCUCCUCUGGCCUGCCUCGUCACCAUGCUACACUCCCAGGUUCGAGGGGAUCGGGUCAAGAACAGCAUCUUCUUCAAGCUUCCUGGACGGAUGAGCCUUUUCACGCUCAAGGUACUCGUCUCUGAACUUUCCCAUGGUAUCAGCUCAGGCUGCUAAUUCUGCUUAUCUUGCUGUUUAGUACUCAUUACUAACAGAGCUGCACAUUAACAUGUUAAGCUUGUAGCACUGGUGCUACAGAAGUUGUUAGUUUGUAGCUGGACUAUUGCAGUGCUCUUUUGAAUGGUCUUCCUAAAAAAAGGCUUAGGAAACAAUAAGCUGGCCAGAACCAAACAGGGUGGAGCUGCUUUCAGCUACUAUGCUGCUCACAGGUGGAAUCGGCUUCUUCAUGACCUCAGAUGUAGGGUUGGGCAUCGCGCAUCGAUUGGAACCGGUUCCAACUGUUCAUUUUUCCCGGAAUCGCUCAGUUUUUUAUUUUUCGAUUCCUAGAACGCCAACGGAAGAGGAAUUUGCGGCCAAGUUCCGUGAAAAAUUAACGUGAUCUGCAAAUUGUGAUCAACGCUUUUCAGAGCUGAUCACAGCAGCUGUCUGUGUGCAGCACCGCCCCUCCCCCCACCCAGAUAUAAACAAACGCGUCUGCUGAACUUUUACUCGUAACAUGAACGUUAACUCCUGCAGCGUAGAGGAAACGUGUUAAAUACGUCAACACGGUGGAUUUAAUAGAAGCUUUAAAGAACAAACUCUGGACGGUGUGAGGUGAGUUUGUCUCACUGCAGAAAUAACAACACACACGGAGCGUCAGCAGUCACCAACACUCUGUGUGUGUGUGUGUGUGUGUGUGUGUGUGUGUGUGUGUGUGUGUGUGUGUGUGUGUGUGUGUGUGUGUGUGUGUGUGUGUGUGUGUGUGUGUGUGUGUGUGAGCGUCAGAAGGCUGAACAAUAACCUGUAGAAUAAUUAAAGUCAUCAUGCUAGAGCAGCUUCUCUGUGGUGGACCACACCAGCUUCUGCCACCAUAAAUAAUAAUAAUAAUAAUAAUAAUAACUAUUAUUAUUAUUAUUAUAAUAAAUCACACACAAAGUUGUGAACAUUUUAAUUUCCUUUAUGAACUAUUUCUGUUGAGUUUUAAUGUUUAAACCUGUUAGCUUGUUACUGACAGCAGCUACGUUUAAGCUUCACUUCCUGUUGUGACUGAAGCUGCUGCAGCAUGGAGGUGUAGUUCUCAGUCAUCCUGGACAUGAUCAUCCUGAGAGUUUUAGCUGGAAACAGCUGGACGUUUCUGGAUAUGUUGGAGACAUUUAGCCUCUCAUCCCAGAGGCUGCUUCCACACUUUGGUUGUGGUCAGAAACAAACACACUGGUUGUGCUGCAAGUCGUCUUCUUUUGUCUCCAAAACAUGUUUUUGUCUGAAUCUGGAGUCGGCAACCCGCGGCUCUGGAGCUGCAUGCGGCUCUUUCAUCCAGCUGAUGCGGGUCUCUGCUUGUAAACUAAUUAAUGAAUAUUUAAUUACAAUGUAUUUGUAAUGUUUAUUUUAUUGAAUUCAUUUUUCAUCUGUAGCCAAUUCUAAAUUUAAAAUAUGUCUGCAUAAACCUGAACAGGUCCAACGGUUGACAGGUCACCUGCUUGUGCGUAAUCAGAUGUCUCUGUAGGAGCUUUCUGAGCUGAAGAGGAUGUGAGGUUCUGGACUUUCUCAGACAGGCUCAUGGAUGUGUCACAGUGUUGGAGACAGGAACAAGCGCUAUUCAGCCAAAGGCUCAUAAUCCGGGAACCUUUUUUAAGUGACAAGUCUCUGAGAGACCGGGUUUAGAAAACACAGAAUCUUCCUGCAUGGUUCUGGUUCUGCAACGUGCUCCAAGCCUCCGUUCUACACGUCUUCAGCUCGCUGUCCACCUUACGCAUGCGCUGACAGCGUCCAGCUCAGAUGUUCUGAUUGAUGGAGCUACCUCCACGAUGUGCGUAACGAUUAAAAUGUCAGCGCAUCUGCAGGCUUGAGGUUUCUCUGUCAAAAUAAAUACGGGAAAUAUCCGGUCAUUGUGAACCCUGUCAUUGAACUGUUUUGCCUUCUUGUGACGAUGAUUGCAAACAGGAACAUUAAACCUGAUUACCACCAGAGCCGCGCACCACGCCGUUGUCCCCGUCAGUGUAAACGAGGGAAGAAAAUAACAGAUUGGAUCCUUUUCUUACCUUUUCAACAAUGUUUAACUCACUGGCUGCCAGCCGUUUCCUGAUCAGUAAAGCCCUUUGCUGCCAGCGUUCCUUACCAUUUUUACAGUUUUUCUAAGAGUGACAGAACGUUGCACGCUAGGAUGAUGUUGACGCCAAAACUACCAAAACAAAGAGUAGACUCACCUCUUACAUCAGGAAGAAUCCGCAGGUUUCGAGCGUUAUCCGUUCUUUCAUAAUCCGUUGUUGAAUUGUGAUCGGCAGAAGCUUUUCCGGUUCGCGCCUCUCUUUUUUUACAGCAGCGGCCCAAAACGAUCUCCUAACACAUGGAUGUUCUGCUUCCUGAUCACGUGACGUGUGACGUAUGCGGAUGAAGAUCGGCUUUAGAGCUGAGAUGUUUGUUCUCUCGGUGUGGGGGCUCGUCCGACGCCCACACAGUAAAACAUGCAAAUGAAUGGCAGUGAAUGAGUUAAUGUAAAGUUUAGUUCAGCACAAAGUUUAAUUACAACAGUCCAACAAGACAGAGCCUGAAUUUAUAUUCUUAAGUUAUGUGUGACGCCUCAAAAAGCGUCACCUGCUCAACAUUAAAACCACUGACAGGGUGAAAAAUAUCUAAGUACUGUCGACACAGACGAGCUACACAUUCUGGGUCAGUUUAAUACAAACUGUUUUAUCUAUUAUCUUCUGUUGGAAGGUGAGCGACUGGGGUUGGUUGCUGUCAACUGUUGUGAUCGGUUAAAGCAGCUCUCUGCUGUCUGAGGGUAGGCCCCGCCCACAACGCCGUGGCUGCUUCAGCUCCCAGUGUUGUCUUUACUGUGUGAAUUGGGUAAUUAUGGCUCUUUCAUGGGAAAAGGUUGCCAGACCCUGGUCUAAAUGAAGGUGAUGUUAUUGUUCAUAGUUAAAAUUCAUGUUGAAGUUGAUUAUUUCAUCAAGUAGGACCCAUGGUUAGCUGGCUAAUGUAAAGCAUGGCGUGUCUUGAAAUAAUCCGAAUCAGGAAUCGAUAGGAACCGGGAUCGAAACGAGGAAUCAGAAUUGGAAUCGGAAUCAUUCAAAGUGAAUCGAUGCCCAACCCCACACACACGUGUGCCCCAACUCUAGAAACUUUUAAAUCAAAAUUGAACACCAUGUUUUCAUCAGCCUUUGAAUAAAUGUUCUUAUGCUGCACCUUCUGCACUGUAUCUGCUCACCCUUUAACUUAAACUUUGUUUCUUUUAAAAUUUAAAAUAGUAUUUUCUGUCAUAUUUAUUUUAAUCUUGCUUAUGGAAAGCGUAUUGAAUUGCCUCUGUAUGGAAUGUGCUAUAUAAAUAAAGCUGCCUUGCCUUUAGGGCUGCCACGGUUAGUCAACUCGUCACUGCAUCGACAAACAAAAUAGUCAAAUACUAAUUUAAUAGUCAACGCGUUGUUUAUUUUGUAAAGUUUUUUAAUCUCGCCUGCUGCGGCACGUUCGGCGGUUGCUUCCUGCCUUUCUGGUGAGCCACCGCUUUAUCUCCGAGGCGCAUGCGCAGUGGUGGCCAUCCAGCUCAGCCUUCAUCACCAAAGAAAGAAAACAUGUUGAGUGCAAUGUAGCUCAAAGGUUUGGGAGCAUUAUACAAAGGCUGCAUGGUGCACAGUUGUUAUUACUGUUUAAUCACAGCAGGAAGGUUGCAGGUUCGAAACUCGGCUGCGGCCUUUCUGCGUGGAGUUGCGUGUUCUCCCCAUGCAUGCGUGGGUUUCCUCCGGGUACUCCGGUUUCCCCCACAGAUCACAACAUGCCCUACAGGUUAUAAACUGUAUGUUGCCUUGGAUAAAAGCGUCUGCCACAUAAACAAACGUAAACGAAGACAAAGAAAGGCCUGUAGAGUGCAAACUCUGCAAAGUGAAACUCUCCUUUCACGGGAGCACAUCGGCGAUGCACGAGCACCUUAGAAUGAAGCACGUCACGGGGAGAACAGAGUCGCCUCGGUAAGUCUACCUUGUUAGCUGCUAACAUCAACAGAUGUGUUUAUAGCUGCAGCAACACCAGUAGAGGUGGUGAUUUUAUCACCUUUAGAACACGUUUGCAUGUCACGUGUUUUUGCUCUAAUCACAAACACGAAUGAUUUAUUUCAUCCCGCUACGUUACAGCGUUAAUAAAAGUGCUCCUCUUCCGUGGAGCAGUUUGUUACGAGCACACCUCAGCAAGCUAACGUCCUGACCGAGGGCUUCGUGAGCAAGCUGGUCACCAGACUCCUGUCCAUGGUCGGUAUCAAGGUGUCAGAGAUGAUCAACCCAGGUUACCAUGACAACUACCUACCAGGCUGAUCCCACUUCGCCACCACGAUGGAAAAGAAAUACGAUACAACCUUUAAGAUAUAGCUGUCAGUGGUCCCUGACUGCUGACGUCACAGACCACCAGACGCUACAGACGCGUACCUUGGCAUGUCCUGCCAUUUUCUGAGUUAAGACUGGAAGAAGUGCUUUAACCUUGCCACCAUGCCUCUUGUGAACACAAGUCAUUUUUGUGUAAAACUUCUUUUUGUUUUUAGGUUCCUACCUCCAUCUGACUGUAGCAUUUGCAUCAACAGGUUACAAAGUGAAUUAAAAGUUGUUUGUUAGGCUAUCUUCUUGUCUUUAUUAUUAGAUGGCUCAUACACUCACCUUAAGGAUUAUUAGGAACACCUGUUCAACUUCUCCUUAAUGCAAUUAUCUAAUCAACCAAUCACAUGGCACUUGCUUCAUUUAGGGGUGUGGUCCUGGUCAAAACCAUCUCCUGAACUCCAAACUGAGGCACACAACAAAACAAUUAGAGUAAGCUGUCGCUGCGUCAGUCUGAUGAGGAAAUAUAAAAUCAACAUUGUUUCAGGAGACUGCAACCAGAAAAGCCCCUGCCCCUCUCGAGAGGCGCAGAGGAUCAUCCCGGGGGGCCACAACCAGCAGCCGACAGUCACGGGAGAUAACAGCGGCAAGCCCACAGGCCCGCCCGCAGCCCCCACCCCCAUAACUUUAACUUUAUUUUAACAUUCAACAACUCUGUUAGCAGAGCACAAUCACGUUCUGUUAAAGUAAAGACAGAGAAAAGUGUUUCCCUAACAGUUUUUUCCCAGUUUAAUCAGAUGACUCGAUUAAUCGAGUUGAGACCCCAUCCAAUUCACCAAUAAUCCAAAUAUUCGUUUGUUGCAGCCCUGAUCUCUCAUCUUAGUUAAAAUAACAUCUAAAUUUAUCCAGUUGAACUAUGAUCAGUAGAAUUUAAUGUAUUUCAGUUAAAUGUUCUGUAAAACGCUGCUGAAGACGCUAAUACCAUGGCAUAUCUACUUUUGUACAGUUUGGCAAUAAUUAUUUUCAAACAUUAAAGCAUUUGUGAAUUACACAAUAAAACCCAGGACACGUUGGAGAGGUUACAUCUCCAAUCUGGUCCGGGAACGCCUUGGGGUCCUGCCGGAGGAGCUGGUGGAGGUGGCCGGGGAGAGGACGGCCUGGAGCUCCCUAGUUGGGAUGCUGCCCCCGCGACCCGGACCCGGAUAAGCGGAGGAAGACGACGACGACGACAAUAAAACAUUUUGCCGUGGCACUGCAGCCUUGUGGAGCAGCAUCCUCACUCCAGGGGCCUCAUUCAAACGCUCUGUAGGAAUAUUCCUGUUUCUUCCCAUGAAUGAAGUUUAGAAUGUUCUUACCAACAGUCGAAAUACCGAUUUAUAAAACGUGGCCACUCGUACGCAUGUUCCUUUGCAACCAGCUGUUGAUGAGUCCCACCUGUGCGUACCAGGUGCUUGUGUCCCUUCAGUCAUUUACAUAAAGAAUAGCCCUCAAUUAACCAUAUUUUAUUACAUCCUCAGGGGAAUCCUGGAGAAAAAAUAAACUAUUGACAGCAAGAUCAAGGCGCUGGCUGCCGAAGUGUAAGAGAACCAAACAAGUUGCAGGACACAGGAGAGGUUUCCGUAUAUGUGAAGUUUAAAUAAUGGGUUGUCAUUUACAGUUAAGGAGUUGUUCUGUUUGGAGUCGGCUUUGUUAGGAAAUGUCUCAGUGCAGCCCUAUCUGAGCUGUCUGGUUACCCUGGCAACACGACAUUUAUGACCGGGGAGUUGAGGAGGUUCUGGGAGUUGUGAAAUUGAAUGUGGACUGGAUUUAGAUUUGUGCGGGUUUUCUGUCGCUCCACAGAGUCCCAAAUCAAAAAUUCCCCUUGAUUCUCUAAAGCACAUGUGAUGAUGUAUACACGUAAACUCGCGACAUGUUGUACUGACCAAUAAUAAUCCAUUAAUAACAUUAGGAUUACCUCAAGGACGCAGUCUCUGAUUUUGGACACAGUGUUUGUAGACAGUUCAGUUAUUUCUCAGUUGCUUUGUUUCAUAUCUGCUGGGGUUCUGUUUCUAAACUGCUGCUCUUCUGUGCUCUGCUGUGUGUAGAAGAAGGCCCUCCAGUGGACAAAACCCUCUUCGGUGUCAGAGGUGCCAAUAAAUCCAGCCGACAGCUCCACACUUACUUCUGCCAGCAGCAGCAGCACACCAGCCACUCCAGCUGAUUCCAGUCAAGCUGUUGAGCAGGAAAGCUGUGACUCUACUGAGACCAGUGUUGCUGCUGCUUUAGACCAUGAAGUGUCGGUGGAUGAGAGUUCGUCCAAUGCGUCCUGCUCCUCUCAGCUGCAGACUCCCAGCACUCAGCCGCAGACUCGUCUCAGCAGGACAGCAGGACAACAGAACCGUUCAGAUGGACAGCAGACCCAACACGCCCAGACCCGGUUGAGCCGUUCCAGACAGUCAGGAAGAACAAGAAAGAAGGCUGUGAUGAUGCCUCGGGUUGUCCUCACUCCUCUCAAAGUGAACGGAGAGCACGUCCCCUCAGGACACAUGAAGAGAAGUCGAGGAGGGGUUGACGUGGACUUCGAGACUCCUGGUUCCAUCCUGGUGAACACCAACAUCAGAGCUCUGAUCAACGUGCGGACCUUCUCAGCCUUCCCAUCGCACUCUCAGCAGCAGCUCCUGCAUUUGCUACCAGAGGUGGACCGACAGAUUGGACCUGAUGGCAUGGCCAGACUCAGCAGCUCAGCUCUCAAUAAUGAGUUCUUCACCCACGCUUCCCAGAGCUGGAAGGAAAGGCUGGCCGAGGGUGAGUUCACUCAUGAGAUGCAAGCCCGCUUUCGACAGGAAAUGGAGAAGGAGAAGAAGGUGGAGGUGUGGAAGGAGAAGUUUUUUGAGGAAUACCAUGGAGAAAAGUCUGGCCUCACACAAGAGGAGUCCCUGAAGCUCACGAUGAGCGAAGCUGCUGAAGUAGCACUGGACAGCGAUGUUAAUGUGGUGGCAACUAGUGCCCCUAAAAGACGCAGUGUGGGUCGUCGAAGAAGGGAUGGCAGGAUGAGAAAACGCACACGGGCUGACCUGCGUCGCAGAGCACGUCGGACACUCUGCAAGGCCGCUCCAGCGCUGCCGUCCACAGAAGCAGCUGAGACGGGUGAUGUGUUGGACAUAGCAGCUGUCACCAUAGACUCGUCCGUGUCCAGCAACACGGUGAUCCAAGGAGAGGUAAUUCUCCAAACGGACUGUGGUGUGGAGUCCCCUGUUGAGAGUGCCUCUAAAGAGCCAGUGGCUCCUCCCACCCCAGAACCAGUCAUGCUGCCAGCCCCUUCCCCUUCCCCUGCUCCCAGUCCCAGUCCAGCAUCCACCAGUGCAAAUUAUGAGCCUGAAGUUACUCCAAGCCUCCUCCCCAAGGAAACGGCAGCUGUGUCAGGUUCCACCACCUCACCAUCCUCUUCUUCCUCCUCUACCUCAUCGUCUUCAUCCACAUCCUCACCUGCUUCAUCGCCCUCUUCGUCUGAACAACAGGGAGCUUUUGCUGCAGCUUUGGACUCUUCAUCAUCUUCAGGCUCUUCCAGUGCUACAGUUCCUGCUGAUCCUCUAGACGACACAGCCUCUGUGAUUACCUCAGUCACCGGGGGAACUGGUACCAGCAGCCGUGAAAGCAGUCCAUCAGCCAGUCCAGCUACCACUCUGGCUCUCAGCACUGAGCUCAACGAGCAGAAGAGAAGGCAAGACGAAACCGAGGCUCUCUCUAGCUUUCCCGUCAAAAGGGCGCGACUUGACAGCCGUCAGUCCUUUCGUACCACAAUUGACGGUGUCAGUACGGAAAAACCACAGCCGACAACCGAAGAACCCAAGGUGCCACCUAUCCGGAUUCAACUAUCCAGAAUCAAACCUCCCUGGGUCAAAGGGCACCCCACCUACCAAAUCUGUCCCCGGAUCGUGCCCCCCGGCGAGGGCUCGCGUAGGUCGGGGACGGGGGGGGCGCGGACUUUGGCAGACAUCAAAGCCCGUGCCCAGCAAGCCCGUGCCCAGCGCGAAGCCGCUGCUGCUGUUGCAGCCUCUAGCGAAGGGCCAGGGCCGACCAGUGUCCGGCUGCAGCCUGCUGCUGGGUUACCGGAUAGCAGCAAUGGACGACGAACAAGAGAGCAUCCAGGACCUAUCGAGCCCGGAGGAGGAGAUGGAAGAAGAAGAAGUAGUGAGAUGGAGGAGCAGGAAUCACCUUCAGGCCCUAAUUCAUUUGGAACACAACUACAGCUUCUCAGUGUAGAAGUCGGCUCUCACCCUUCUCCUUCAUUGUCCAACACAUCUACAUCCACGUCCUUGGAGUCUCCACAGACCUUAAGUCCUUUGCAAGAUAGUUCUACCAAGUUGCUCAAGGUUGGAGACGAUAUCGAAGAAAAGUCAACAGCAGUUCAGACCCCCUCUGGUGGAUUUGCUGACAGUACUGGUAUGGCCUCCCCAGAGCCGGACUCGGGAUCUGUGGUACUGGCCUCUGAGUCGACCGAUAAGGAAAGCCAGCUCCCCAAGUUUGCUAUUGUUCACCAAAGUUGUGAAAAACCUUCACUGACCCAAACUUCUAUUCCAGAUUCCCUUCCUAGGUUUGGGGCUCAGGGCGUGGACGUUAUUCAGACACUGGCUAAUUCAUGUCAGACCAAAGAACUUGAAAAGGCAAAUGUGGCUGAAGUUGGGGGUAUCAUCCAGCACAGUUUUCACCACAGGGAUCUCUGUGAAGGAAUUUCUCAUUCAGCAAGACAGCUGACAGAUGACUCAUCUACCAAACGUGUUGAGAUGCUGAAUGACUGCAGGGAGAAGGAUGAGGAGGCUGACACUCACAGUGACUCUACAGAAACCGCUUCAGACUGUGAGAAUGACAGCCAGGAAGAUGAGCAGCAAAAUUACACUGACCCACACUGGCGUUCCCACCAACAUGGACAGUUAGUCAUAUGUAGCCCUCCCUCUCCAAACCAACAGCCUGUCAUUCAGGCCCUGGUGUCCAGUCACCAAGGCCAGACAGUCGUUGCACCCUGCUACCCCAAUGGUCUGCCUCAGCAGCACGGUUGCCCUUUCUCCUCAGACCAUCACUUUCUUCCUGCUGCCUCUCCACACGGGCUCAGAGAAAACAACGUAGUGGUCAAAAUAGAAAUUACAGAAGACUGUCGAACCUCUACACCAAACUCCGCUGAAGAGAGGUGUCAUGAGAUGUCUGGUGUCUCACACCUAAACACUGCUGCUGCCUCUAAAAAACUGACAAGCACAGUGAGACCUGUGUCCACUGUAGAGGCCAACAACCCUUUGGUGACACAGCUGCUCCAGGGCAGCCUGCCCCUGGAGAAAGUUCUCCCCGCUCACUCUGCCAAUAGGCUGGAGAUUAGCCGAUUGCCAGGGUCCCAGAUCAGACCACCAGCAACAAGGAACCUGGGGCCUCACAACAAGCAUGAGUUCUCUGUCCAGUUUUCUAGUACAAACUUGUCUCCUAUCACAAGGUCCCCAACAGGUCCUUCAGUGUCUUUUCUCCUGGAAACAUCAGAUGCAUCUGUGAACCUGCCCCAACAGGCUUCUGGGGCUGUUCCUGUUAUCACCUCAUUGCCACCAUCUUCUACUUCCUUGUUAUCCAGAAGCAGUAAGUCGGACGUUGGUUCUCGAGCUGUUGUGGAACCUGCACCUGCUAAUGACUCUCAUGGUCAUCAGUCUCCUCAGAAAGUUACUCCAGACAGGCUUCAGUCAGCAUAUCAGACUGUGCCCACUACCCCCUCACCUACCUGCAUAGAGCCUCAUCCGGCUGAGAGUGCCAUGAUGACAAAGAUAAAUAUGCGACCCCCACAGUCACAGCCCCCCCACUUUCAUCCACACCAGUCUCCUCCUACAGUAAAGAAUGAAGGUGGUGCAAGACCUUCCUGCCAGGCUCUUGCCAAAUCCCUCCCCAUUUUGCCUUUCAAUGGCACCAAAAAGGAACCUGUGAACUGUAUGGAUGGAUAUUUGAGUGGAGGUGCAAUGGAGGGCCUCCUGAAUAUGGAAAUUACUUUGGCACGAAUAGCAAAGAAAGAGCACAACAAAGCUUCCUGUUCGUCCAGCUCUCCCUCUUCCUCGCCCUCCUCUGCAUCUUCCCUUCCCUUCCAGCUGUAUGGAAAAGUCCCCAAACAGAGUGGAAAUCUUGGAGUAAGCUACACGGCUAACGUGUCCAUGAUGGACAAUGGUGGUUUUCCUCGGGGAGUAGCUGACAGUGUACUCCAGCUCCGCCCCCGCCUCACCUCUAGCCAUACUACUCUCAGCAUUCAGGCCUUCACGGAGAACGCCGCUGAGGAAGUGGCUCUCAAGUGUUCGUGUCGUCUGAAAGCCAUGAUCAUGUGCCAAGGCUGUGGUGCCUUUUGCCAUGACGAUUGCAUUGGACCCUCUAAACUGUGUGUCUCCUGCCUGGUGGUCAGAUAGUGUGUUCAUGAUACUGUGCACUGUAGAUGUGCUGCUGAUGAUGCAUCGGCAGGACAACGUGCAGCUUUAGUGUACAGAGGUCUAAUUAUGGUAGAGAACACAGAAUAAUCCUGUUAGGUGAACUUUGCCUUGUAUAAUAGGUCUGUUUUCUUGUUGAAUAUUUUUUGUAACUGUAUUGAUGAUUGUUGUUGUGAAUUUGGGGCAUGAUUAAUUGUAAAUUGUGCUAUUUACCUCAUCUUGUUUUGCUCCACCUGUCAUUAUUUGGUGGUCACUAUUGUUUUGGUUCCUCGUUUGCUCUGCAGAUAGGAACCGAUUGUCUCUUUGCGCAGAAAAGUAUUUUUUUAUACAUUAAAAUGAGUAAAUGAC